AUGUUCUUCCUCGAUUGGAUGUAGAUGGGGAAUAUGUUAAUGCACAUGAUGGUUGUUUGGUUAAAUUUGAUAAUACCUACUUUAUGUAUGGUACAGUUUACGGUGAAUGUCAUCAGUCUACGACUAUUUGCGAUGGUGUAUGCGGUUAUAUAAAUAACACUUUUGCUUUAUACAUUUCACCAGAUCUUGUCAGUUGGACAUUGAUCAAUAAUAAUAUUGUACCCGAAGUCACCAAGGAUAAUAAUUACAUUAGUUACGAAACCAGUCCAAAAAGACGUAUGGCGAAAACAAAAGCGACAAUCGAAUAUUCACUAAAAAAUGAAUCUAAAAGUAUCGUUUUCAGCAGAAAUUGAAAUUUCGAGUAAACUGGUGUAAAAUGUUUUACAAUGUGUGGUUAUGCUUGUUUGUAUGUCUGAAGGAUAAGCAUGAGGCUCACAUGGCAAACUAAUUUACUAAGUACCGGCUGUUUAUCUAAUACUACGAGUAGUUCACGUACUAGUAGCCGAUAAUGUUUUGAAUCAUUGGAAAAAAUUUUCCAAUUCCCUCAGUCAAUGACAUGAUUCACCUGAAGCUUGUGGUUAUAUAAAAAAAUGAAAUCUGUAGCUGCUGUCAAUACAAUAAUAUUUGUUAUGAAUGAAAAGAGCUGUCAUAUUGUAUUCGCAAGGGAUUCUGUACUCGCUGAACCUCCUUAGACUUCUUUUCUCUUCAGACACCCUUGAAGACUGUCCGUCUUGGAUGCCAAAUGUUGGUUAUAAUCGUCAUACUAAACUAUAUGUAAUGGUCUAUUGGUCGAGUAGAUAUGGAUUUCAAAAUUCUCUUGUUCCUCUUGCUAUUUCUGCGUCACCCUUGGGUCCUUUCGUGAAUGUUCAGCCGUUGAAGAUGCAAGGAGGAAUGGUAAUUAGUGAUACUACUAGUCUAUUUGUUGAUGAUGAUAAUACAGCUUAUGUUCGAUAUAAUACACGUGAUGCACCUUUGAAACAUGUGGUUGAAAAACUUUCACCAGACUGGAUGACAAGCACUGGACAGUUCUCUAUAAUUUUCGAAAAACAAGAUUAUCCCUGGUAUGAUGGCGGUGGAAUGUUUAAACGGAAAGGAAUUUAUUAUACAAUGUUGUCGUUCGAUUGUUGCUUUUGUCAAUGGGGUUCAGAUGCACGAACAUUUGCAAGUACUGACAUUCUAGGUAACUGGACCUUCGUCGGUCAGUUGAAUUAUUGCGCUGAUGGAAGAGCCCCACCUGAUCAUGUAACCGAUAUGAGUAUAAAUCCAUGUUCAAUCAAUGAUCCAUUUGGUACAAAUUUCACAGUUCCUGCUCAACAGUUUAAUGUGGCUACUUUGCCAAUAUCGUGCGAAGAAACUUUGUACAUGUACUACGGAGAAAGGUUUCGCUCUAGUACAGAUGGAUUAAAAGGUCAUGAUUUUCAAGCUUGGAUACCAAUAGAAUUUAUGGACGAUGACAGUUUACUGCCUAUGACGUUUUAUGCUAAUUUCACUGUGAAUAUUCAAUAG